GCAACUUGGAUCAGUUUCUGGUCUGCUGCAAAGCAUCCCAUUCCCGCCAUCGACCUCAGCACAAAAUGGCUGGCGUCUCCGACAAGGCGCGCUUCUACCUGGAGCGUGCAGCUCCCGAACUACGCGAAUUCGAGGAAAAGGGGAUCUUCUCGAAAGACGAGAUUCGCACGCUAGUAGCCAAGCGGUCCGACUUCGAGCACCUAAUCCUGGCGCCGGGGACCAAGCCGGACGACUUCCUGGCCUACGUGGCCUGGGAGCGCUCGCUAGACCGGCUGCGGGCCAAGCGCUGCCGGCGCCUCAACCUUCCCCCGCGCGCCUCCGCCUCGUCCUCGCGCGCGAGCCAGGCCCGCACCUUUGGCAUCUUCGAGCGCGCCGUGCUCAAGCACCCGGGCUCGCUGCCGCUGUGGCGCGCGUACCUGGACUUCGCGGCGGAGGCGCGCGCGUCCAAGCGCUGGCGCCGCGUCGCCGCCCGCGCGCUGCGCCUGCACCCGGCCGACGCGGGCCUGUGGGCGCUGGCCGGCCGCCGCGCGGCGCGCGCCGGCGACAUGCAGCGCGCCCGCGCCCACUUCCUGCGCGGCUGCCGUUUCUGCAACCGCGAGCCGACGCUGUGGGUCGAGUACGCGCGGUGCGAGAUGGAGUGGCUCGCCCGCGUGGAGGCGAGGAAGAGGGGGGAGAGCGGCGGGAAGGGGGUCAGCGCUCUGGAGGCCAUCAAGGCGACCGAGGCGGUGCAGGAGGGGGAUGUGAUUCGGUUUGAUGACGGGGAGGGUGAGGGGGAGGGGGAGAGCGGGGACGAGGACGAGCUGAUGCUGCCGGAUCCGGAUGCGGAAGGGCCGGGGGUCAAGGCGAAGCCAAAGGUGUUUGACGAGGAGACGGCGCGGAAGAUGGAGCAGAGCCCUGCGCUGAGCGGCGCCAUACCGAUGGCGAUUUUUGACGUUGCGAGGAAGCAGCCCUUCUUCGGGCCAGCAGCGGCGGAGGCGUUCUUCGAUGUGUUUGCGGGGUUCGGCAACCUCUCGUCGCAGGAGAAGAUCGUGAAACACGUGCUCGAGGCGAUGGAGGAGCUGUUCCCGAACCACCCCUGCACAUGCAGCUGCCAGAUCCGGCAGCCGUUGAUCGGGGUCGGCGUGCUCACCGCGGCGUUCCCCAAGGCGCUGCGAGAAUCCCUGGCGCGACUGAAGGAUGCACUGGAGAGGACAGAGGACAGGAAAGCGCUCGCGGAGAAAAUGGCCGCAUGCGUCGGGGCCAUCCUGGCCACGGAAGGCCUGGAUCCAGCUAUCAAAACGGUGUUGGAGCAUACGAAGCGGUCGUUAGAGUCUCCGAGUUGAGGUCUGGAAGGGAACCCGGGCGGGGAACGGAGGCGGCGGGUUAUUUGGUGACUCUAAUAUUACAAUAUCCACACGAUGCCCUACCUGCACCUGCCUUGACCAUAUCGCUGCAACAAGCUCAUUUACUGGGCCGCCUUCUUCUCGGCCAACCCCAUCAGGAACUCCCACUCGGCCGCGCUCACUUUGCUGACGCUCAGUCGGGACUGCUUGAGCAUCUGCAUGUUCUCCAGCGGCUGGCCGGGCUGGCCCAGCUCCCGCAACUCCUUGAGCCCGAUAGGAACGGCGAACUUGCUGCGGAACUCGACGUGCACGACGCUCCACUUGGGGUCCGAAGGCUUAGAGCUUGGGUCAUAAUACGGGGCCUUGGGGUCGUGGGCGGAUACUGCCGUCUUGUUAGUUAUCUGUCUGUUUGCUCUUGCGAUACCCGGAGGCGGCAGGCC